UUCCAUCCUUGAGUAUCUUACAUAGGAAGAACUGAGCCUUCAGACCAGCUGUAGGUCAGGUGGUGGUGGUGAUGGGACUCCCUCCUCCUGAAGCUUUAUAGGAGCAGCUGCUGGAGCUGUCUCAUCCGUCCCUCAUCAUAUCAUCGACAGUCUUGUCCUUGUGGAGACAUAACCAGCUGGUAUGCACCUCUGUGGAGGAAGACACCUUCAUAGAACACAGCACGGAGGAUCUAUAGACACCAGGUAUGUCUGAUUUUAUCCAUUGUAAUACUGACCACUGCUGAUUUCACUCAGAUGGAGAUAAUUGACCCGUAUUAGUCCAGAUUAUUGAUAAUGUUCUAUGAGAGGACAGAGAGACAGAGAGCUAUAGGGAUCAGGAUAAGAGUGGAUCACUGUACUGUUAUCAUAUUACAUGGCAGAUAUUUUCCACGCAGUUGGAGAUUGAAAAAAAAUCAUUUUCCGGCAACCUCCGCUGUUUCCUUCUGGCCAGUGACUCCCAGGUGAGACUCACCCAAAGCAGACAGAUCAACUUUCAUCCAGCUGAAAGGUUCAGUUUAAUUUUGGAGCUGAAUCAAGUUCUUUUUGUUACUGUAACAAGUUCAAACAUAGUUUAACAAAAAAAAUCCUGAAAGUGAUGCAAAGAAAUAGGCUAAAUACAAAUAUUUACAACCUAAAGUAAAUGAAAUAAGCUUAAUUAAUUCAUGUUUCUAAUAUGUAAUGGUAUAAUAUAUUUAAUUUUCUCCCUGAUUUCACAUUUUAAAGUGCAACAGUUCAUAAAACUUCAGUUUUAGUCUAGUUUUUAAAUCAUGCCAAUUUCACCUAAAUAUCUCCAAGUAGUUAAAUAUAAUAAAAGCUUUAACGCUCUAAAGAGUAAAAGCUCUAAUCUGCAACGUAGCCUCCUCACCAUUAUAUGUCUCCUGUACUCCUCCUCUAUCUCUCUAAUGGCUUUAUUGCAGGUAUUAGCUUGUGAUCCAUCGCCUGGCCUGGGUGAAUGAACCAUGGAGGGAGCCGGCGUCACUGUCUUCGGCACCGUCUUCAUCACCGUUCAGAAGAUCUACUACCCUCUCCUCUGCGUCAUGGGGAUUCCAGCCAACCUCUUCACGUUCUACAUGAUCUGCUUCCGUAAAUGUGGGAUGUCCGACACGGCCAUCAUUUACCUGAGCUGUCUGGCCAUCGUGGACACCUUCUACCUGGUGUGGGUGAUCCUUUUUGACCUGACCCUCACCUUCUGGCUACUGCAGCCCUUCUGGCACUCCAAUCCCUGGUGUGGCAUCCUGGGAUUCCUGCAGUACGGAUCGCUCUACAGCUCCUCCUGGAUCGUGGUGGUGUUCACCAUCGAGCGCUACCUCGUUCUCAGCAGCACGGCGGCCAAGCAGCACUUCUCCCAGCCCCGCGUCACUAAACUGACCUGCGUGGCUAUCGUCCUGUUGUCUCACGUUGUCUCCGUGCCAAUGGGCUGGAUCAACAUUGUCACACCUGCCAAUAUUACCGUGAACGGGGAGAAUAUGACGCUGCCCAGGUGUCGUUACCGCAAUAAGGCCUACUCUACGGUUAUGGUGUGGAUAACUACCUUCCUCUCGGGGGGAAUCCCCAUCGUGUUGGUCAUCAUCUUCAACUACCUCAUCGGGUACCAUCUGUGCCGCGCCAGCAACCUCUUCACCAAAGAAGAGCGUCGCGUCAUGCGUGGGAGGAGCACCAGGGGCAUGUUGAGGAGGACCAUCCUGCUGCUGGGCACCGUCUCCGUGACCUUCGUCGUCCUCAGCCUGCCCCGCUUUGUCACAUACUGCAUCCUGAGGACCCAGUACAACAACGAGAACUUCAACAGGAACGACUACCGCAUCCCGAUCAAUGUGGCCGGAGACCUGUCCAACAUGCUGCAGAACCUCAACUCCACCACCAACUUCCUGCUCUACUGCAUGGUCAGCAGACGCUUCCGGCAGGAGCUGGUUCAGGUUGCUACUUGUAAGGCGAAGGCACGUGAGCUGGGCUCCAUCCUCACCCACACCACCAUGAAGGUUUUCUCAGUGGUAGAUCAUAAGGCCUCGCCGCCCAGUGACCCCGUGACUGUGGUGCUGACCAAUCUAAAACUGACAGAGUAUAAAGGACCUGGAAGAAUGGACAGAGAUCAGACUUUCAAAAUAGUUAUCCUUUGA